AACAGAAAUUUUUAGACAUUGACUUUGACAUCUUGUUAUUACGGUAUUUUAGGUUAUUUGUUUUGUUCCUAUUUGAAUGUUUUCGCAAAAUGUUUUCAUUUAAACUUAAAACAGCAGAUGAAAUAAAGGACAAGAGCAUCUAUUUAAAAGCGAAUGUACAAGAUAGAAAAGAAUACCGGAAUACAUUGAAAACAUUUCAGUUAAGCAUCAACCAGUACCUAACGGAAUUGGUAAAUUUAGACAAAACGGAAGAGAAUGUUUUUGAUGAUGAAGACGACGAAUCUAUAGAAUCCGAUGAUGACGGUUAUAAGAAGCCAAAGAGAGGUUUAAAACAGUCUAAAAAGAUUUGUAAAUUAAAAAAAAAGUAAUGAAUUAUCGUAUAUGUCUUUUUUUUGUAAAAAGGAAUGUUAUUUGUAACUUGAAACAAUUGUAACAAAGGUUAACGGUUACAUCCUAUAAAUUCACACUGCAGC